AUGCACCGCCUUCUGUGCAUCUAUACGGAUCCGACGCCCUCGGCGAACUUGCGUUGUGGCAACCGAGCAGGUCAGACCCAUUGGAUCUCGGCAUCGCUUCAGGUCGCAAAGGGCGAGGGGUUGGGUCCGUGGCAUGCCCGGUGUGUGCGACGCCGAGCGCAGGCAUAUGUUCGUGAUCGCAACAGCCUACCGCACAACCUGUAUGGGACAUGGGCACGAUGUCAGUUGGAUGAUGAAGACUUCCGUCAGGAGCUGUUCCUGCACCUCCAGGGGAUUGGCGAGUAUGUCAAAGCUGAAGACCUCGUACAUUACCUGGAUCGUCCGGAUGUCAAGGAGCGGUGGAACACGAAGAAGACGAUAUCGCUUGCGACUGCGCAGCGAUGGAUGAAGCGGCUUGGUUAUCGCUGGAAGGUGACGCCUAAGGGGCAGUACUCAGAUGGGCACGAGCGAGACGAUGUUGUUGCGUACCGACAAGGGACAUUUCUGCCCAGAUGGAAGGCGAUGGAGCCACAGAUGCGGGACUGGCGCCCUGAUGGCGAGGAGGAUAGGGGGCCCCUGCCUCAGAACCGCCGGACGGUGGUCUGGUUCCACGACGAGUCAACGUUCUACGCACAUGAUCGCCGAAAGAAGCGUUGGGUUCACAAAUCUGAAAAGGCCAAACCUUAUCAGAAAGGCGAGGGGGCAUCCCUCAUGGUCGCUGACUUU